UUGCAGUUCACACGCCUUUGAGUUCAGACUUCAGACCUCUCUGUUCAAAUUUUUGCGCAUACAAGGUUUAGGCACGAACUCUAUCACCACCAAAGUAGGGUUUAGGCGUUUAGCAGAGAUGCUGUACAUAAUUGGUCUUGGACUCGGGGACCAGAGAGACAUCACGUUAAGGGGUCUUGAAGCAGUGAAGGAAUGCGAGAAGAUCUAUAUAGAAGCCUACACUUCUCUCCUCUCUUUCGGUCUCUCCGCAGAUGGUUUAUCUACUCUGGAAAAGCUUUAUGGGAAGCCACUAACGCUUGCAGAUAGAGAAACAGUGGAAGAGAAGGCAGACGCUGUACUCGCAGAAGCUCAAGGCUCUAACGUGGCUUUCCUUGUUGUUGGAGACCCUUUUGGGGCUACAACUCAUACAGAUCUUGUGGUUCGAGCUAGGAAAUUGGGAAUUGAUGUAAAGGUGGUACAUAAUGCAUCUGUGAUGAAUGCUGUUGGGGUUUGUGGCUUACAGCUCUACCGCUAUGGGGAGACAGUUUCAAUACCAUUCUUUACAGAAACAUGGAGACCUGAUAGUUUUUAUGAGAAGAUUCAGAGAAAUCGUGCACUUGGAUUGCAUACACUUUGCUUGUUAGAUAUACGCGUGAAGGAACCUUCUUUGGAAUCAUUGUGCAGAGGUAAGAAGCUGUAUGAACCACCUAGAUACAUGACGAUAAACACUGCCAUUGAGCAGCUUUUGGAGGUUGAACAAGUGUGCAGAGAAUCUGCAUACAGUGAAGACACUGAAUGCGUUGGGUUUGCUCGGCUGGGAAGUGAAGAUCAAAUGAUAGUUGCUGGAAGCAUGAAACAACUUCUGACGCUUGAUUUUGGAGAACCCCUUCAUUGCCUUGUCAUUGUCGGCAAGACCCAUCCAGUUGAAGAUGAAAUGCUGGAGUUUUACAAACUUGGAGGAGAUGGAACACAAAAGAAAGAUAAUGGGAUUCUGUGAUUUUUACAGACUCGGAGAAGAGUGAACGCAAUAAAAGAUAUAUAGUUUCCUUCUUCAAUUGUUAUGUCGCAUAGAAUGCGGUCUCCCCUUAAUAUUUCAGUGACAGUAGGGGUCGACUCGGUUUUGUAUUGCCUUGCGUUAUGUAACUUGCGUCUCUUCACCUUUUCAAUCAAACAUGGUUUGCUUUCAAUGAAGUUUAUUUUUCUGUUUUCAACA